UGAUAACUUGUCUCAUGUCCAUGUCUGUAUGUUAUUAUUUAAUACCACGUGUUUUUUUUGUUCCUUUAUGGUUAAGUUUCUCAAGAUUUAAUAAUUCUCUAAAAAAAGGGCAAUCUAAUAACAUUUUAUUAGAAAUGUUAAUGAAAUUUUAAUAAUAAUGGAAAAGUUAAAUACAAAAAGUGAAAGCAAUCAGAAAGUUUCCAAAACACAUUUAAAAUUAAUCGAAGCUGUUUCUGAUCUCGAUGGAAAGCAAAGAGUACAAUCAUCAAAAUGCAGUGAACCUAGCCUCGAAAUCUCAGAAUAUCAUUUAGUUAAAAGUGGAAUCCCCGAUAAACAUAAAAUACAAAUCUCAGAUUUUGCAAAUACUUCAUGUCGAAAAGGUCGACAAUCAAAAGUUGCUAAAGUUUUUAAUAAAUCAAAAAAUGCUCAAGUUUUGCCAAAACUUUUAGAAAAGCCUGCUAUAGAAAAGAUUAAACGUAGCGUUGGGUAUGAAAACUUGAAAACCGAUCUUAAGAAAUGGAAUUCUGUGAUUACGCAACAACGAACCGCAGAAAAUGUUUCCUUUCCAUUGAGGCAUCCACCUACGAAAGCAGAACCAUCAGGUGAAUUUGUUAAAAGAUUUCGAAUUCAAUCCGAUUUAGAAAAAGAAUUGUACCUUAUAGAACCAAGUACAGUAGAGGUGCCAAAAGAAAACGUUUUGAAAUUAUCAUUGGAAGAAAUACUGCAACGUCGAGCAGAAACUGCAAAGCUUAGAGCUGAACAGUCGUACAAAAUAUCAAAGGCACAUCGUCAAAAGAAAAUUAAAAGUAAGAAAUACCAUCGUAUUGAAAGGAAGAAGAAAUUGAAGGACCAGUUAAAAGAAUUUGAAAAGUUGGAAAAAACUGAUUCAGUUGCGGCUCUAGAAAAACUAAAAUAUUUGGAAAAAGUUAGAUCAGAAGAGCGGAUGACAUUAAGACAUAAGAGCACUGGACACUGGGCAAAAAACAAAUUGAUACGUGCAAAAUAUGAUAAAGAGAGUCGACAAGAAUUAUCUAAACAGUUGUCAAUUGGUCGAGAUAUAACUCAAAAGACAAUGAUUACUGAAGACGACGACGAUGAUGUCAGUAAAGAGACGCUUUCUACGUCAAUUCCGCUAAAUUUCUCGGAGAAUCCUUGGAUUAAUAAUGUGAAAACAGAGUCGGAAGUAAAUGAUUUUGUAAGUCAAUAUCGUAAAUUCUACGAUAGUAAAAUGAAGAAUAAACCAGAAAGAAAUGAAGAAGUCAUUCCUUGUGAAUCAGGUGGAAAGGAAUUUGAAAAUACUUCUAAAAAUAAAAUCAGGAAUAAGGAUGAUAUUCCUAAUGAAUUGCUCCAACGGUCAAGUGUUAGUGGUGAAAUUAGUACUUCGUUAAAUACGAACUUUAAUUCACAAGAAAAUAAUGUAAUCGGAACGUCUAAAUGGACAGUUACCAACUGUGAUCUUCCAGAGACUAAGAAGAAGAAAAGUAGUUCUGAAAGAAUAGAUGUCGGCAGCGAGAUUAAUUCCAAAAAUAAUAAAAGAAGAGUUGAGGACAAUAAAAUGAAAAGUGCAAAACGAAUACGUCCUACGGAUUCAGUUCGAGAUGAAGUUAGUAUUCGCAGCAAAGAAGACAAGAUUUUGGUCAAUAAUGACGAUGUACCUAAAGUAACUGCAACAAAAUAUUUAAAGUCACACUUACCUGACGAGAAUUCAGCAGAAUGUGAUUUAUUAUGUGAAAACGAUGACGAUAAACAGGAAAAUGGAUACCAAUUAUUACACGAGGCAUUUUCUGACGAGGAUCUAGUAGAAGACUUUAAGAAAGAAAAGGAAGAAGAGGUGAAUGCAAAUAAACCUGAGGAUGUGAGUCUGUUAUUACCUGGCUGGGGUAGAUGGGGUGGUAAAAACAUUAAACAGCCAAGUAAACUGAAAAGAAAAUUUGUCAUUCAAUUCUCCAAGGACACUAUUCGUAAAGAUGAAAAUAAGGGAAAUGUUGUAAUUAAUGAAGAAAAUAGUAGUACUAUUAGAAAGCAUCAAGUUUCUGAAUUACCAUUUCCUUUCACGAAUGUCAAGGAUUAUGAAGCCAGUAUGCGUGCUCCCGUCGGAAGAAACUUUGUGCCUGAGAAAACCCACAGCAAGUUAAUAGUACCCUCAUUCAGAACAAAAAUGGGUAAAAUUAUCGAGCCAAUGGACGAAGAUUCUCUACAAAAUUUUAAAGCGAAUCAAAUGGAAGGUAAUAUCGAACUUCCUAAAUAAGAAGAUUGUAAUUUAAUCAUUGUUUCGUUUCAUAUUAAUCGUGAGGAUUAUAAUAAAUUUAAUUUUAAAGUUUCUAAAA